UCUCCUGCCCUACGUCAGCGUCGCGCGGCGGUGGCGGAGACUGUUGCUAGGCCGGCCGGCGCGGCUGGCCCAAUGGGAGCAGGGCGCUGCGGCUGGGCCCGGGCGCAGGCGGUGGCGGGCGCGGAGCAGCUGGGGCCUGGCGCUCACCAUGCCCUACAAGCUGAAGAAGGAGAAGGAGUCUCCGAAGUCUACUAAAAGCACCACAAAGCCUGGCAGUGGCAGUAGCGGGAAGGAUGGUGGGACAGAGAAUUCGGAAGAGGCUCAGCAGCUUCAGCAGCAGCAACAGCAGCAGACAACUUCAAAUAAGCGGCCCAGUAACAGUGCUCCCCCACCAACCCAGCUGAAUAAGAUCAAGUAUUCAGGGGGACCCCAGAUUGUGAAGAAGGAGCGUCGGCACAGCUCUUCUCGCUUCAACCUGAGUAAAAACCGUGAGCUACAAAAGCUCCCAGCCCUUAAAGAUGCUCCUCCACAUGAACGAGAAGAGCUUUUCAUCCAGAAGCUGCGGCAGUGCUGCGUGCUGUUUGACUUCAUCUCUGACCCCCUCAGUGACCUGAAGUUCAAGGAGGUGAAGCGAGCAGGUCUCAAUGAGAUGGUGGAAUACAUCACACACAAUCGUGAUGUUGUUACUGAGGCCAUCUAUCCUGAAGCUGUUAUCAUGUUUUCAGUGAACCUCUUCCGGACACUCCCUCCAUCAUCCAACCCCACAGGCGCGGAGUUUGACCCUGAGGAAGAUGAGCCUACAUUAGAGGCUGCCUGGCCGCACCUUCAGCUCGUGUAUGAGUUCUUCCUCCGGUUUCUGGAAUCACCUGACUUUCAACCAAACAUAGCCAAGAAAUACAUUGACCAGAAGUUUGUGCUAUCUCUGCUGGAUCUCUUUGACAGUGAAGACCCCAGAGAACGAGACUUCCUAAAGACUAUUCUCCACAGGAUCUAUGGGAAGUUCCUGGGUCUGCGAGCGUAUGUGAGGCGGCAGAUCAACAAUAUAUUUUAUAGGUUCAUCUAUGAAACAGAACACCACAAUGGGAUUGCAGAGCUGCUGGAGAUCCUGGGAAGCAUAAUCAAUGGGUUUGCUUUGCCUCUGAAGGAAGAGCACAAGAUGUUUCUCAUCAGGGUCUUGUUACCACUGCACAAGGUGAAGUCUCUUAGUGUCUACCACCCACAGUUGGCGUACUGUGUUGUACAGUUCUUGGAGAAAGACAGCAGCUUGACAGAGCCAGUGAUUGUGGGCUUGCUGAAGUUCUGGCCGAAAACUCACAGUCCCAAGGAGGUGAUGUUUUUAAAUGAGCUGGAGGAGAUCCUGGACGUGAUUGAGCCAUCUGAGUUUGUGAAAGUUAUGGAGCCUUUGUUCAGGCAGUUGGCCAAGUGUGUUUCCAGCCCACACUUCCAGGUGGCAGAGCGAGCACUGUACUAUUGGAACAAUGAAUAUAUCAUGAGCCUGAUCAGCGAUAACGCAGCCAAAAUUCUCCCGAUCAUGUUUCCAGCACUCUACAAGAACUCCAAGAGUCACUGGAACAAGACAAUCCAUGGGCUGAUUUACAAUGCACUGAAGCUGUUCAUGGAGAUGAACCAAAAGCUUUUUGAUGACUGCACGCAGCAAUACAAGGCAGAGAAACAGAAGGGAAGGUUCAGGAUGAAGGAACGAGAAGAAAUGUGGCAGAAAAUAGAGGAGCUGGCCCGACUGAACCCCCAGUACCCCAUGUAUUAUGCACCUCCACCAUUGCCUCCUCCUGUAUGCUGUAUGGAAACAGAGACCCCAACUGCAGAGGAUAUACAGCUACUGAAGAAAACAGUGGAGACAGAGGCUGUGCAGAUGCUGAAAGACAUUAAGAAGGAGAAAGUUUUGCUGCGCCGGAAAUCUGAGCUUCCUCAGGACGUCUACACUAUAAAAGCCCUGGAGGCCCACAAGAGAGCAGAGGAGUUUCUCACCUCAAGUCAGGAGGCUCUCUGACGGGCUCAGGAGCUGGCCCAGGAAGCUCUGCCCCAUUUUCUACCCCAGGGGUCACAGAAAUGCACUUGAUUCUCAUGUAUAAAUAAGGAAUUAACAUGGUGAGCUGUGCCUGUCCUCCACUCCAUCUGCAUCCCUACAGGGUAGAUCUGAUUUUAUGUUAUAACUUGUAUCUCACUACUGUCAUGUCCUCCUGCUCUUCCUCCUACUUCUCCACCUUGGGGGUGUGUAUGUGAAAAGAGCCUCCCUGACCUGCAGUUUUAUCAACCCAGGCAGGAGCUGCUUCAUUUACAGCUGCUGCCUGGUUAUUACUCUGCCUGGGAGCCACAGCUUUGCUGCCCCACAGCACAAGCCCUGUGUUGGCUAGAGACAAACACGUGUGGCUCAGCAUGCUGCUAUGAGCCCCAGGUGCCCAAUCUCUGCCAUGUCUGCCCCCACACUGCCUGUGCAGGCAAGCCCUGCCUUGGUCAGGGCUCAGGCUGAGCUCUGGCAGAGUUUGUGGGGGUUCAGGCAGCAGCAUCUAGCAGAGUUUGUGGUGGCUCUGCUGCCUCUCUGCCCUACCUCGGGGUGCAGCUCCACAGCUGAAGAGUCUUACGUACAGUGGAGGAGAUGUUUGCUUCCACCUUUCUUUUGCUUCAAGCCCCUUGUUCUGUUCCCAUGUCAGUGGAGUGGGGUUCAGUGCUUCGCCACCCCCAGUAAAGGCUGGGUGCAAGCACUACAUACUAUUGCAGCCCUCCCUUUAGAGCAUCCUUAGAAGCUCUCUUGUGGAAAAGUGAAUUACUUCAGCUGUUUGUGUUGGUCCAUGCUGACUCAUCUCCAUCCCGGUGCCUUAGGAUGACUGUGGGCCCGGAAUUAACUUCCUGCUUUGUAGCAGGUGUCAGCCACUGACAUCUACUUUCUUCCUCUGCCUGCUCAAUUAAAAUACUCCUGCAGGUCUCCCUUUGUCACCAUAUCCCAUCCUUAGCUCUGCAGUGGCCAAGGUUUCUAGGGAGCUUGUGCUGCUAAAGUCAUUUCUGCAAAAUAGUGGAAGCAACAGCUACAUGUUACAGGGCCAGGUGCAGUUUGUGAGUGUUCAGUUGUCUCCUCGUUAUGAUCAAUGGCUAGGUGCUACUGCUGAAUUGCUUCUGUGUGUGCUCUAACCAAAGUUCUCCUUGCCCCGUUACUUCGGCACCUGCUGUGGCCUGAGGCCCUUGUUACUUAUCAUAUGGUGCAUCAGCAACUCGUGCUAAUUUAGCAUUUAGAGCACACUUGCUGAUAGCCCAGGGGAUUGCACAGCACUCAGGUGCUGCUGUGAUCCAGCUUUCUCCCCUACCUUUUGUGGUGCAGAUUCAGUCCCAGAUCAAGGUGCCACCUCAGAGAGGCUGGCUCGUGAUAGAAAAGCUGCCUUGCUUCUUUACCUGCUGCAUUUGCUUUCGUGACACGUAAGCUUAAGUGGGUUUGCAAUAGUGCAGGGAGCUUACAGGGUCGGUGCUAGUCUGACACUGCUUUGCAGCACCAUGGGAUGUUGCAGAAUGUCCUGCUGUAUCUGCUCAUCACCAGUAAACCAUUCCCAGGUCAGAGGUUCAUUCCCUCUAAUCUUACUGCUGGUGUACAGCUCAUCUUUCCUUCACCCCAAACUAAGCUGUUUUUUCCCCUGUGUAUCCUGUACCCCUUGCCUGUCUCUCAGCUCAGCCCUCAUUAGGCAUGAUGCCACCAUCUCUUAGGAGCAGCUGGCAAGCAUGAGUUACGUUUGAGAUCACCCACAGUCACGCACAACCCCAUCGCCUACCCUCUGCUUCAUGCAGUGGGCCAGUUCAUCGGGACACUUAUGAAACACCUCAGGGAGGUUAUUGCUUAUUUUGAACAUUAGUCCAAGCUCAUGACCAGUUGCCAAUCAAUUACCUCACAGCACAUAGACGUGCACUGGGUGAUGCUGGAUGGCGCAUAGGAGUGGCUAGCACCUCGGGGCACAGUGGAGACAAGGUUGGCUGAGCACCACCUGCAGCAGGAUUCAGGCCGGGGAGGAUGUUUCUCCCCAUUGCAGUACAGGCUUUCCAACUCCUUCACUUAGCCUUGCUUUUUAAACCGCCACCUCAUUUUUAGAGCACUACGGCAUGUGUGCCUUCAUUCGAGCCUGCUUGCAGCUCAGCAGUGGCUAUGUUUCCCUGCUGCGGGCUGCUCUGCGCACAGAAAGGACACUUCUGGUGCACAGAGGCAGUCGCUGUCCUGCAGAUGGUCUGUCUCUGCCAGCAGUCCUGAGCAUGGUAAGAAGAACAUUACCAGGGUCAUGCCAUAUGCAGGGGCAGGACUGUAACGCAUCACAACUACCUGCUGUACGGCUUCAUAGUUUUGUGUGUCUUGUUCUGGGUCAGGGAGCUUAUACUUAGUACCUCCACCUGGCCAUUAGUUUGCUGCCUAUUCAUUCCAGUGUCCUGGACAUCUAAGAAAGGAACCACGUGAGAAAGGGGAGGAGCGUGUUCACCCUCUCUGCCACACGUCCUGCUCAUACGCAGACCUGUGUCUGCCACGCUACAGCUGCCGUUGCACAACACUUCAUUUCUAGCAUUAGCGCUGCUCAUUUCUGCUUAUGCCUUUCCCCACAUCAGCCAAAUGGACAGAACUGGAGCUGCCUCUUCUGCUUCACCUGGCUCCCUCCUCCCAAGGGAACAAGCAAAACUAACUACUGCAUUCACCCCCUGGACACAAGUAUUAAGCUGCUUACAAUUCAUAUGUACAUAUGGUGUACUUUAUUUUCAGUAGAGCAUUACAUAGUACGAAAGUGUUUGAUUUUGUACAGAUGUCCCUGUAUGUACAGAACUAAAUAAAACCGAUCUCUUGGAAAGACA